GCGAGCUGAGUUAACUUGUGGCGGGGCGGAAGGUUCUGGAGCUUGAAGUUUUAGUCGUGGUGGAGGCAGCUGUCGGGAAACGACAAGAUGUCUUUUGUCCGAGUGAACCGUUAUGGUCCCCGUGGAGGAGGAAGGAAAACAAUGAAAGUAAAGAAGAAAACAUCUGUGAAGCAAGAAUGGGAUAACACUGUGACUGAUCUGACAGUUCAUCGGGCAACUCCUGAAGAUCUGAUCCGUCGUCAUGAAAUACACAAAUCAAAGAAUAGAGCAUUGGUCCACUGGGAGCUCCAAGAAAAAGCUUUGAAGAGGAAAUGGAAGAAACAAAAACCAGAAAUUUCUAAUCUGGAGAAAAGGAGAUUGUCUAUCAUGAAGGAGAUUCUUUCUGAUCAAUACCAGCUGCAGGAUGUAUUGGAAAAAUCUGAUCAUUUGAUGGUUACAGCAAAAGAUCUGUUUGUUGAUUUUCCUCACAGGCGCACAGGAUUUCUGAAUGUAACAAUGGCUCCGGAGUCCUCUAAAGGUCCCAUUGUGGUCAGUCAGGACCCUGUCACCCAGACCAUCCGUAGCGAAUCUGUUAUAGAGCCUCAGGCUCUUAAUGAAGUAGAUGAUGAUGAACAAGAAGGAACUGUUAACAGUCAGUCAGAAGAAAGUGAGAAUGAGUUGGAUAACUCUCUAAGCUCUCAGUCAAAUGCAAAUGCAGGAACGUUUCUCCACCAAAUAAAGGAAGAAAAUUCUGAGUUAAUUAAUAAACUAUGGACUGAUACUCAGCAGAAAGUAGCAACACAGUCACAAAUAACAACCUCUUCAGGAACUCCAUCAUCUGCUUCUCCAUCAGGAGAACAAAAAGCUGCAUUGAAUGCUGCCAAUGCUGUUAAGAGAAUCCAUACGAGGCUUCAACCUGAAGAAUCUACUGAGACUCUAGACUCAAGCUGUGUUGUGGGACAGGUGCUGAACUCAAGGAAGCAAAAACAGCUGCUAAAUAAAGUGAAAAGAAAACCAGAUUCAUGUGGUCCUUCCAAACAGAAGAAUAAUGUGUUAUCAGCCAGCACAGCCUCCACAGACUUACCAAGUAGCAGUAACCCCAGCCUGGAUGUCCUCAAACACAUGAUACAUGAAGUGGAACAUGAAAUAGAAGAAUAUGAACGGUGGACAGGCCGCAAGGUCCAGGGACUGCAAAAUAGUCAGGGUCUCACUGGCUUCACCCUGUCCCUCGUGAGCUCACUCUGUCGCCUGGUUCGGUACCUUAAAGAGAGUGAGCUUCAACUGCGUAAAGAAGUAGAGACAAGGCAGCAACUGGAACAAGCGUUAGGUGAUCAUCGAGAGCUCAUUGAUGCGCUGACAGCUGAAGUUCUUUUCCUCAGAGAAGAAAAUACUGCUACCCAGGCGAGACUUCAGCAGUACAUGAUCACAACAGAUGAGCAGCUUAUAUCACUCACACAUGCUAUUAAGAACUGUCCUGUGAUAAGUAACAAAGAAAGUCAGGCCUUAGAAAGGGGAGCCACAAGUCAGAGAAAUAUGGAUAAUCCAGAGGACCCAGCUGUAAAGGCUAGUGUCUCCGUGCCACUGAUGUUCAGAGGAGAAGACAUCGUUGAGUUCCCACAGGAAGAUCUGCCUGUCAAACUGUCUCAGGUGCCAAACCCUCCAGAAAGUGAGAACCUGGCCAGCAAUCUUCCAGGACAUAUAUUUGAGCCAGCAGUGUUGUUAACACCACCCAGGCAGAAGAGCAACUCAGAAUUCUCUCCUUUGCAGGACGUAUUGAGGAGGACUGUUCAAACUCGUCCUGCUCCACGAAUUCCUCCAACCAUAGAAUUAAUUGAAAAGGAACAAAAUUGGGAAAAGAAGACCUUACCUGUUGGCGCAGACAUUCAGAACUCAAGUGACGAGAGUCACCUCUUCACUCAGAGGUGGAGGGCCUCUCACAUGGGAGAAGACUUGCAGAGCAAAACCCAGGCUCCUUUUGUUAGCCUCUCACAACCUGUCUGCAGUUCGCGGUCAAGCAUGCAGCAAUCAAGAAACCCCACACUCUCAGAAGAACCCCUGGUGUUGGGAGAUGGGCAACAGCUUAGAACAAAUGAGACAUUAAUACAGAGAAAGGACAUCAUGGCACGAAUUGCAGAGUUGACCCUGCAGAAUUCAGCUAUCAGGGCACAUCUGAGUAAUAUUAUUGGUCCAAGGGGAGAACAAGGGGACGGACUUCGGGAGUUUAACAGACAGGAGACAAGUCACGCCAGUGACACGAUGGCUAAUUUUCCAGCGGUGCAACCUCUGACACCAAGUAGCAUGGAGGAACGGAUUGCAGAAUUGAAUCGACAGAGUAUGGAGGCUCGUGGAAAACUCUUGCAGUUAAUAGAGCAGCAGAAGCUUAUUGGCUUGAAUCCUUCCUCUCCACCAGUAUCACCUGUGCAGUCACCUCUCAGAGCAUGGUCUGAGGGAGGAAAGAGGACAAUUGAGGUGUCUAUUCCAGGAGCAGAAGCCCCAGAAAGCUCAAAAUGCAGUACUGUCUCUCCUUCUAGUGGGCUAAAUUCGAGAAGAUCUUCAGGGGCUGCUAGUAAUUCUUGUUCUCCCUUAAAUGCCACCUCAGGAAGUGGACACUUGACGCCUCUUAAUCCAAGAGCAAAGGAAUAUAUAGAAACUAAGUUUCUUACAAUGUAUCCAGAUUUUUUGCAAAAGGAAUGUUUCUGUGUUGGUAAUACAGCAAAAUAUAUUAAUAACUUUCCUUUGUUUGGUCAUAGCAAAUUGUGAGGAUAACUUUAAAAUCAUAAACAUUACGUUUGCAAAUGUGAGCUAACAUCUGUUUGAUGGGGGAGAAUGGUCUUUGCUAUUCUUAUUACUGGCUUCAGUAAUUAGACCAGAUAGUGAGUGCUUCAGUAAGUGUUGAGUAUUUAUAGUCCAAAUUAAUUGAUAGGCUCAGAUAGCCCAGUUGCCCAGCCCUGGAAGAUUUGUCUGUUCUUUGCUGUUUCUUACAUCCUAAAAAGAGCUUUAAUGGAAACUAUUUUAUAUAAUCUGCCCUUAAUUUCUGAAAUUUAGUAACAGAUUUAAUUUACCAAGAUCAAAUAACUUUUUGUUUUUUUAAAAAGUUGUAUGUAUGACUUGCAUAAAAUACUGGAUUGAUCCUUUUUUAAAAAAGUAGGCCUUCCAAAUCAAUAAGGAGAUCUGUUGACCAGGGAAUAUUUGGGAGUGUCUCGUUACAGAAUAAAAAUUGCUAGUAUCGAUAAUUUUUAGUACCAUUCAGUGGUAUAGGAUAACUUUGGUUCUUUGUACUUGGUAUGAAUAAUUGUAAAUCUUGAGUGGUCUUGUGCUCCUGAUUACUUUCUAAAGUCUUUUUGCAUCUUUGUUCAACAGAUUGAGAAACAAAGUGAAGAAGGCUGGUUUGCUCUUUCUACUCACAUGUCAUAAGUGAGGUCGAGUUGUAGAGUUUGUUUUCAGUAAUAUGUUCUUGAACUUAUACUCUCCUUUCCCUGCUCCUGCUAUCAAGUUUCUAUGUUUUUCUUUCAGAUAAAACUUAACAAAGAUCUUGUGAAUUAGCACUAACGGAACCAAGAAAUAAAGCAAUUAUUUUAAUUUCCGCCUUUUCAAAUAGAUUUCCGACAAGUAGCCUUGUGAAUAAAAUUUGACUAGAGGAAAAUUAAAAUUGUGUAUUCUAAUAAAUUCAAGGGUUUUUUCAGUAUUAUAUUUUUAUCUUUAUCAUCUUUAUUCAGAAUUUUUUGGUCUAGUAUAUCUUAAAUGUUGUUUAUUUUUUCUGAAGAACUAAGUUGGUUUUCAUGUAACUUACAAUAAAAUGCCUCUGUGUGACUAAA